AUGCCCAUUCUCGACGGCCCAACUUGGUUGAAAGUUACUAAUUGGUUCAAUAUAAUUUGUUUUAGUACUUCCAUUCCCAUCAACUUCUUCCUGCUGUACUGCGUCGUGACCCAAUCCGGUAGGAAUAUUGGCGAUUACAAAACUUUGCUGAUUUGGUUUGCUGUUCAUUGCAUGGCUUUUCCGGCUGUCAAUUUAAUUACUAAUAUGAAUUUCUACACUCACGAGGCUACUUUGUUCAUUCUCACCGUCGCAAACCGUUUCAAUUUUCCAUGCUUGGGUGUCUGGAUGUUGCUUGCAACUAACUGGAUAUGCUGCGGCUACUCUAUUCUCUCAUUGAAUGCUCAAUUUGCAUUUAGAUGGAUUGUUAUGUCAAAUUCCGGAAAAAAUCUUUUCUGGCGAUUUCGUAAAGAGAUUUUUCUCAAUGUACUACUUGGAGUGACUGGUUUUUAUUCAUUUUCUGGAUUUCUUGGUAUCCAGCUAACACCGGCAAAGGACUUGGCGAUUCAGGAGACAUUGGCAGAUGCUUACAACGUGACUCCGGAUAACGUGUAUUAUAUUGCAGUGCAAUAUUUUGAUCGAGAUGCACACAAUGUGAAGGUUUAUGACACUAUAUCGUUCACCGUUGCUAUUGGGAACAUUCUCAUUUUUUUCGGGAUGGUGGUUUUCAUUUUCGUCUGUGGAGUACGGACAUUUUUUGCUGCACAACGGAACACUGCCGAGUUGCUGAAUCACAAACAGCUCCAGAAGGAUUUGACUAUAGCGCUUUUGAUUCAAACUGUUGUCCCAUCUUUGCUUAUUUUCCUGCCGUGUGCAAUUUUCUACCUGCUUCCACUUUUCGAGCAACCUCUUGGCGUUGAUGCAAACAUUCUGCUAAUUGCAAUGGAUAUUUUCUCGAACGUUGGCCCCAUAAGUAUUCUGUUCACAUUCAAGAACUAUCGGCUGUACAUUUUAAAGCUCUGCCGUCGCAAAAUUGCUCAAAAAAUUCGAUGCAGUGUCAUUGAAAUGACAACUGUCACUGAGAACCGUGUCUAUGCACAGAACUAUUCUGAUUGGGAUAUUCGGUUUGAUAUGAUUUGAAAAUUGUUUGGCAUUAGAGAAAUGAAGUCAAGUUAUGUUUGUUUUU